UGUUUUGACUCCCAUAACGUCACAACACAUAAGCCACCGAUCAAUUAACUUUUAUUUUGAAAGACUAGACCGGAAGCUUCGUUGUUGUCGUCUGACUUGAUAGUGACAGGAGGGAGGCUGCAACCAGCAAGCUUCGGGCGGGCUGCGGAGGAUGUCGACCCCGCUGCGGGGACAAGCUCUGGGCGGGACGCUUGUGUCCUUACGGAGGUUCCUCGGCCAGUCGCCCCGCACCUGCUGCCCUCUGCACCCAUGAAGCCCCCGCUGAUGAAGCCCCGAGCUGCCAAAGUGAGGCGGAAAGUGGCCGGAGACGGAGAGCAUGUACUGGCGCGUCGGGUUUGCCUGGACGCGGUCGUGUGUGGUUGAUCUUGCCCAGAACCAGAGCUUCUCCUCCGGCCUGCUUGGCUCCGAUGAGCAGCUCUCGUUUUAUGGGUACAUCAUCGCCUACCCACUGCAGGACUACGGCGGGAUAAUGUCAGCUUUGGGCUCGGACUCUUGGUGGCGGAAAACGCUGUAUUUGACUGGAGGGGCUCUGCUCGCUGCCGCUGCUUAUUUGCUACACGAAUUGCUGGCCAUCAGAAAGGAGGAAGAGCUGGACUCUAAAGAUGCCAUCAUACUCCACCAGUUCUCCAGGCCCAAAACUGGCGCUCCGUCUCUGUCCCCUUUCUGCCUUAAGUUGGAGACCUACCUCCGUAUGGCUGACUUGCCCUACCAGAACUACUUUGAUGGGAAGCUCUCACCGCAAGGAAAGAUGCCAUGGAUCGAAUACAACCAGGAGCAGGCGUGUGGCACCGAAUUCAUCAUCGACUUCCUGGAAGAGAGGCUGGGCGUAAGCCUCAACAAGAGCCUGACGCCGCAGGAGAAGGCCAUGUCUCGCGCCAUUACCAAAAUGGUGGAGGAACAUUUCUACUGGACCAUAGCUUACUGCCAGUGGGUGGACAACCUGGAGGAGACCCAGAAGAUGCUGUCAGUGAGCGGACCAUUGAGUGACCUGCUCAAGUGGAUCCUGAGUCACCUGACCGGCGGGAUCGUCAAGAGGGAGAUGUAUGGGCACGGGAUCGGACGCUUUUCUAAGGAGGAAGUUUACGCCCUGAUGGAGAAGGACAUGCGCACCCUGGCUACUCUGCUAGGUGAUAAGAAGUAUCUUAUGGGCUCUAAGCUUUCGACAGUAGAUGCUGCAGUGUUCAGCCACCUGGCCCCUGCUAUGUGGACACUACCAGGAACACGGCCGGAGCAGCUAAUCAAAGGUGAGCUCAUCAACCUGGCCAUGUAUUGCGACCGCAUCCGCCGGCGAUUCUGGCCCGAGUGGUUCGUGGACCCGGAGGACUUCUGCUACAGUGACACCACACAGGGCAGCAACUCGGUCUCUAAACUCCCCGAUCUGGGGCUCUACUCACGCACAGACACUUUCCAGGACAACACACACACACACACUUCACACACUCACCCGCCACAUGACCCGGCAUCGCCCGACAGCGACCCUACAGGCCACUCACUUUAUGACUCUGACAUGGACACAGAGUGCUCUGAAAUCGACCAGCUCAAGUGUUGACAAAACACAUACUGUACGCAUACACACCUGACAUAUACGCACACCACAGGAGGGAGCUGCAUCCCGCCUGCACACAUGCCCCCUACCUCUUUGAACAGAAAAUAACUGGGGAGUAUUUCUGUGUCAGUAGAGAAGUCGAGGACCUAGAGGUUUAACUUGUGCACUGUAGUGGAGGAAUGACUGCAGUAGAGUGAAAAACGAGUGAAACAUAACCUCAGAAGUGAAAGGCGGAGAGAAAAAGAAUGGGAGGGUGGAAAAGUUGCCUUUGAGGAAAAAGAGAAGCAGAACAAGUAGAGACACUGGGAGUAAAUGAUGCUGCUGCUGAGAAACUCCUCCAUGUGGUCGCCGUCAUCUGCAGUCAUAAUAUCUCCCUGUGGUAACCAUAGCAACUACUUGUGUGUAUGACCCCCACCCCUGCCCCCCUCGCUGUCCCUUGUAGCAACUUGCACCACCCAGACUUGUGUGUGUUUUGACUAACUGAACCCUUAGCGCCUUGUUCUGAUAUGACAUUGACACAUACUGUAUGGGAUUUAUGUGAAUGAAUGCAGUUCAGUGUAAAUAUAUAAAUGGAAAUGAUCUGAUUCUCAGAUUGAUUAGAUAUAAAUUAUAUAUAAGUAUAAAUAGUAUAGAUAGCCUGAAAAUAGAGAAUCAUCCACUCUAUCCAGUGUUGUAAAUAGUGUUUCUCCCUUGAAGUCCCUUUUGUGUUGGACACAAUGACAAAAUCACCUUGUAAUAUUUCCCAUGAAUCCCCACUCUGCUGGUCUAGGAUCAGUAUGAGGACCCUCUAUCUAUAACCCUAUGGCUUUCUGUACUGUAUGUGUCUGUCCUCACUACCGGUAAAUUACAGUAAUGCCUGCUGCCCAUAUCUGAAUAAUUCAGUAAGAUUUCUUGGAGUGUAAUGGAUAGUAAACUGCAGUCUGCCAUAAGCACUUUUAAAAAUCUUUUGUCUUAUGAGGACAAUUAUUUUGCCAAAAAAAAGGGUUUGUUUUUUUUUAGGAGCAUAAUAUGACAACACACAUUGUCAGGCACCUGUGUUGUGUAGUCACUGAAGGUAGUAGCUUUAUGUCAAAUAUACAUAUUACAUUCAAGCAUUGAGAGCGAGUUAAACAAUCACGUAGAAAUAGAUUACAUAGUUGUACAUUGUUUGAAAGAAAGUGUGUGGCUGAUUUGUGCCAGUGAAGAUCUCCCUUUCCAUUUCAUCAAUAUAUCUUCGCUGGCAUAUUCAGUGAGUUUGAUGUUUGUUUGGUCGUUCCUUUGGCCAACUCAACUACGGUACACAAAGA